AUGAUGUAUCCAGGCCAUUCUGUUCAAUCAGUAGAUGAUCGUGAAAUUAAAAAGAAAGUUGUCCAUAGUUUAAAACAGUCUUUGGAGGCAGCCAAUAAACCUGAAAGUGUUCUUCGCUUUUAUGUGAGGGUGUCACCACCAGAACACCAUACCCACAGCACAGAAAGCAUAAAAACAAGUGGAGACAUACAUCCCUUGCUAGCUGCGGAAAUAGCAAAAGUUGUUGAAGAUGGAACUACAUCUGUGAGAAUAAUAAAGUUACACCUUGAAAGAUUUGUGAACAUAACCUUCACUGGACCACACAAGCCAGAUAAUAUGAACACUACAUUUUACCUCACAAUAUAUAGUCAUGUGUACAGGGCCCUUAAGAAAUUGAAGAAAAGUGUUUGACCAAGAUGCUUUGCAAAUACAGAUUAAUGAGUGGUAGAAAGAAUAUAGAGGUGACAAUAUUUUUUUCAGGCCUUUUUCAGAUGUCGAUGGAGAAAUACAGCCAUUGCUGUUUUGUUACGAGAGUGCAUGGCAGAAGGAUAUGUUAAAAAAAUAUGGAGAUGUAUGUUUGCUUGAUGCCACCUACAAAACAACAAAAUAUGACAUUCCUUUAUUUUUUGUUACAGUAAAGGCAAACAGAUGCUGUUUAGUGGUAGGUUUUUUCUUUAUUCAGGUAGAAGAUACAAGGUCAAUUGCUGAAGCGCUACUUGUUUUCAAGACGUGGAAUACAGACUUCAACCCAACCUA